GAUCAUCUCUCUCAGAGGACACGCCCGAUCUCCAUCUUCAUCCCACUCCACAUAGCCAUUUGCAAGAAGGAUCCACGGUUGCUGUGUUUCCGGCGAUUGGGGAGGAACGAGGAUCUGAUCUCAAUUGAGUUUUCGUGGCCUAAGCUCCCACUCUACCGUAUAGGCUCGAUCCUUUCACCAUUGUCUCGUACAUUGAGAGCUUCUUCUCCUCCUCUCAACACAUACGCCAUUGAAACACUUCAAAAAGUAGAAAUCUGGGAAAAUUCUGGAUCUCCUUCUCCGAUCCCGAUCCCGAUCUCUCCAGUACAUUUUUGUCUCGUUAGAUAGCUCUGCAUAUAUGCUUCCUGUGUGUUUAAGCUAUGAAGCAUUGUCUCGUACACUGAUAUAGCUUCUUCUCCGUUCAACACAGACGCCACUGAACCCCGAAGAAACAGGUCAUUUCCUGGGAAAAUUCUGGAUCUCUUUUCCCGAUCCCGAUCUCCCCUGCGCAAUUGAACCACAUUUGCGUAUCGUUCAACAGCUCUGCAUAUGCUUCGUGUGUGUUUUGUUGUUUGAGCCAAGAAUCUGGGACGAGCUAUGAGGUAUCAGAAUCACCAUCCUUCGGGAAGCAGCAACUCCUUCCAUGGAGGAGAGUUCAACAAACCCUCCAAAGUUGCUGUGGCGUCUAUGAUCAACUCCGAGAUCGGCGCGGUUUUGGCUGUGAUGAGGAGGAACGUACGUUGGGGUGUUCGCUACAUUGCAGACGAUGAUCAGUUGGAGCAUUCUCUUAUCCAUUCUUUGAAAGAACUGCGUAAGCAGAUAUUCUCAUGGCAGAGCAAUUGGCAAAACGUUGACCCCAAGUCGUACAUACAGCCGUUUCUGGAUGUUAUACUCUCUGAUGAAACCGGGGCUCCCAUCACCGGCGUUGCGUUGUCGUCUGUCUACAAGAUCUUGACCCUUGAUGUUUUCACGCUUGACACUGUGAAUGUGGGAGAGGCGAUGCAUAUCAUAGUGGAUGCUGUGAAAAGCUGCCGUUUUGAGGUGACUGAUCCUGCCUCCGAGGAAGUGGUUUUGAUGAAGAUACUUCAGGUUCUUCUGGCUUGUAUUAAGUGUAAGGCGGCUAGUGGGUUGAGUAAUCAAGAUAUUUGCACCAUCGUCAACACUUGUUUGCGUGUUGUUCAUCAAUCUAGCUCCAAAAGUGAGUUGUUGCAGCGUAUUGCACGCCACACCAUGCAUGAGUUGGUGAGAUGUAUCUUCUCUCAGCUUCCUUAUAUCAGCCCGCUGGCUAAUGAAAGCGAGUUACACGUCGGCGAUAAGGUGGGAACAGUGGACUGGGAUCAGAAUCCUGUAGAAAACAAAGUGGGUAAUGGAAGUAUUGAUGGCGUGUCUGAUACUCUGGGCACUGACAGAGAUUCACCAAGUUCUGAGAUGGUUAUUCCAGAAACAGUACUUAAAAAUGAUGAAAAGGGAUCUGAGGUGAGUGAUGACGUACAUGUUGCUGCGAAUGGUGAAGAUGCAAUGUUGGCGCCUUUUGGUAUCCCAUGCAUGGUAGAGAUUCUUCAUUUCCUGUGUACUCUGUUGAAUAUUGGAGAAAACAGUGAAGUCAGUUCCAGAUCUAACCCUAUAGCUGUUGAUGAAGACGUUCCUCUUUUCGCUCUGGGUUUAAUUAAUUCUGCUAUAGAACUUGGGGGCUCUUCUUUCCGUGAGCACCCAAAGUUGUUGAGUUUAAUUCAGGAUGAGUUAUUCUGUAACUUGAUGCAGUUUGGUAUGUCGAUGAGCCCUCUGAUUCUUUCUACAGUUUGCAGCAUCGUUCUUAAUAUCUACCUGACUCUCCGUACCGAGCUUAAGGUACAGCUUGAAGCUUUCUUCUCAUGUGUACUUCUGAGGAUUGCACAGAGCAAGCAUGGUUCUUCUUACCAGCAACAGGAGGUUGCUAUGGAAGCUCUGGUUGAUCUUUGCAGACAGCAUACUUUCAUGGCGGAAAUGUUUGCGAAUUUCGAUUGUGAUAUAACAUGCAGUAACGUGUUCGAAGAUGUUUCAAAUUUGCUGUCAAAGAGUGCAUUCCCAGUUAACGGGCCUUUAUCUGCUAUGCACAUUCUUGCAUUGGAUGGGUUAAUCUCCAUGGUUCAGGGAAUGGCCGAAAGGGUUGGUGAGGAAUUGCCGGGUUCAGAUGUUUCGACACAUGAAGAAGGAUAUGAAGCAUUUUGGACACUGAGAUGUGAGAACUACGGAGAUCCUAAUUUAUGGGUUCCCUUUGUCCGAAAGUCAAAGCACAUCAAGAAAAAGCUGAUGGUUGGUGCUGAUCAUUUUAACAGUGAUCCUAAAAAAGGUCUUCAGCAACUCCAAGCGAUGCACUUGUUACCUGAAGAACUUGAUCCAAAGAGUGUGGCAUGUUUCUUCAGGUAUACAUGUGGGAUAGAUAAGAAUCUUAUAGGAGAUUUCUUGGGAAAUCAUGACCAGUUCUGUGUUCAGGUGCUUCAUGAGUUUGCCAAGACGUUUGACUUCCAGAAUAUGAAUCUGGAUAACGCCCUGCGUCUCUUUGUGGGGACAUUUAGAUUGCCUGGCGAGUCGCAGAAGAUACAGAGGGUGCUUGAAGCGUUUUCUGAGAGAUACUAUGAGCAGUCACCACAGAUAUUGAUUGAUAAAGAUGCUGCCCUCUUGUUAUCUUAUUCGAUUAUCUUGCUGAACACAGAUCACCACAACACUCAGGUCAAGAAAAAGAUGACCGAAGAAGAUUUCAUCCGCAACAACAGGUGCAUAAAUGGAGGCGCAGAUCUUCCCAGAGAAUACUUAUCUGAGCUGUAUCAUUCAAUCUGCGACAGUGAGAUUCAGAUGAUCCCAGAUCAAGGUACCGGUUUCCAAAUGAUGACCUCCAGUCGAUGGAUUAGUGUGAUUUACAAGUCCAAAGAAACCAGUCCCUAUAUCAUAUGUGACAGCGCAUCGUAUCUGGACCGUGACAUGUUUCAUAUCGUGUCCGGUCCAACUAUCGCAGCUACAUCAGUGGUUUUUGAGCAAGCAGAGCAAGAAGAUGUUCUACAGAGAUGUGUUGAUGGGUUAUUGGCCAUUGCAAAACUUUCAGCGUAUUACCAUUUGAAUAGUGUAUUGGAUGAUCUGGUCGUGUCUCUCUGCAAAUUCACACCGUUCUUCGCCUCAUUAUCUGUUGAUGAAGCUGUUCUUGCUUUUGGAGAAGAUGCCAGAGCAAGAAUGUCUACUGAAGCUGUGUUCUUGAUUGCAAAUAAAUACGGCGACUAUAUCACUUCGGGCUGGAAAAACAUACUGGAAUGUGUCUUGAGCCUCCACAAACUCCAGAUUUUACCAGCUCAUAUAGCUAGUGAUGCAGCGGAUGACCCAGAGGAAGAAAGACCUUUAGCAAAUCCCUUAUCAGUAGUAUCACAGGUACAACCCUCAGAGACCCCUCGCAAAUCCUCUAGUUUUAUUGGUCGGUUUAGCCAGCUUUUGUCCUUUGACAUGGAGGAGACAAAGCCCUUACCAACCGAGGAAGAACUUGCAGCCUAUAAACACGCUCGUGGUAUAGUGAAAGAUUGUCACAUUGAUAGCAUAUUCUCAGACAGCAAGUUUCUCCAAGCUGAGUCUCUGCAGCAGCUAGUAAACUCUCUGAUAAAGGCAGCCGCUAAAGAUGAAGCUAGUGCUGUCUUUUGCCUGGAGCUUCUGAUUGCAGUAACUCUGAACAACCGAGACAGAAUCCUACUGAUCUGGCAAACUGUUUACGAGCACAUCUCUGGUAUUGUCCAAUCAACGUCGACACCAUGCCCGCUAGUUGAAAAGGCUGUGUUUGGUGUGUUGAAGAUUUGUCAGAGAUUAUUGCCUUACAAGGAGAACCUAACAGAUGAGCUUCUGAAAUUACUCCAACUGGUUCUCAAACUUGAUGCAAGAGUGGCUGAUGCAUACUGUGAGCCCAUCACACAAGAAGUAGCCCGUCUCGUAAAAGCCAAUGCAUCUCACGUCAGAUCUCAUGUUGGUUGGCGAACAAUCAUAUCUCUGAUAUCAAUCACAGCUCGACAUCCAGAAGCUUCUGAUGCUGGAUUCGAAGCUCUCCGGUUUAUAAUGUCAGAAGGAGCUCACUUGUUGCUAGCAAACUACAUUCUCUGUUCGGAUGCGGCUAGGCAGUUUGCUGAAUCCCGUGUCGGGGAAAUCGAUCGGUCUAUCUCAGCCAUCGACUUGAUGUCAAAUUCUGUGUUCUGUCUUGCUAGGUGGUCUCAAGAGGCGAAAAACUCUGUCGGAGAAGAUGAAGCUAUGAAGAAACUAAGUCAAGAUAUCGGAGAGAUGUGGCUCAGGCUUGUGAACAACCUCAAAAGGGUUUGUCUUGAUCAACGCGACCAAGUGAGAAACCACGCCAUCUCAAUGCUACAGAGAUCUAUAGCUGGUGCGGAGGGGAUCAUGUUACCACAACCUCUAUGGUUCCAGUGCUUCGACGCUGCAAUCUUCCCGUUGCUAGACGAGUUGCUCGCUGUGUCAAUCGAGAAUUCAAGAAAGACAUUCAAGAAAACAGUUGAAGAGACGCUUGUGCUGGCAACAAAGCUCAUGUCAAAGGCCUUUCUUCAAGCUCUCCAGGACAUCUCGCAGCAACCAUCUUUCUGCAGACUCUGGCUUGGUGUCUUGGACCGUAUGGAGACUUACAUGUCGACCAAGUUCAGAGGGAAACGCAGCGAGAAAGUGCAUGAACUCAUACCGGAGCUGCUGAAGAACACGUUGCUGGUGAUGAAGACGACGGGAGUUUUAUUACCAGGUGAUGAUAUCGGAAGUGAUAGCUUCUGGCAACUGACUUGGCUUCAUGUCAAGAAGAUAUCUCCUUCUUUGCAGGCUGAAGUUUUCCCUCGAGAGGAGCUUGAUCAGUUUCAGAGACGAAACGCUAAGCCUGAGGAAGCACCGCUGGUACCGGAAAACCAAGGCUGAGAAAUGAGGAUUUGUUUUAUACAGAAGAAGAAAAACAUAUUGAAGAAGUUUUUUUUAGAAACUAUAUCGAAAUAUUAUAUCUUUGCAGUAUAGCUUUUUGUUUGAAUAUAGUACUUUGGAGUUUGGAGCUUUUGGAUUUUUUUUUAUGGAAUGUCACGUUGGAAUUAUGGCU